AUUUAAUUAUGGGAGAGAUAAGAGAAUAAUUAAAUAAUCUAUCAUAAAGGGAUAUUGCUGAAAGAUUAUAAUUUCUUACAGAUCAUUAAAGAUCAGACUUUAAAAAAAUGAUGGGGAAAGUGUUAUUAUUCCAAUUCCAAUAAGAUGAAUAUGAUAAAAAACAAUGGAACAAACUUUAAUAUUAAAUAUUGUUAUCAGUACCAUUGGUUUUAAGUGCAAGAUUAGUUAGUGAAUAUCUUAAUGCUAAUGUUGAAUUUUCAAAGCUCAAACCAACAUUAUGGAUCAAAUUCUUAAGAGCCAUGGCUUAUAAAAAAGGCAUAGGAUUGGGUACAGCUCUUUUAGUCAUUCCAAUUCAUAAAACUAUUGAAUAUAGUCGUAAAUUAGGCUACAAACAUUAUAUUCUUUCUUAAAUUAAAGAAGAAUGACAGUU